AUGUUCAAGAAGAUCCAUUCUAUAUUUCACCCCAACUCCCAGCGAAGAAAUGUGACUGAUGACAUCCCUUACUGUGAUGGCACAGGCUCUGCGGUGAGACUGAUCCGCAGCACUUCUAUGUACAUCCUAGGAAGUGAGCAGGAAAAAGUUAGUGAAACACUGAAAAAAAGCAGAAGUACAACCAGCAUCGAUUCUUGCUUCCAGCCAAAAGAGGAGGACAAAGACUGGAUGUACUCAAAGACUCAGGACUGCUUGAAAUACUUACAGGAUCUGUUAGCAUUAAGGAAAAAAUAUCUUGACCACAUCAGUAACUUGAAAUCCAUGCGUAUGGCUGCUGCUUCCCCAGCAACCACAACAUCGUGUAGAACUGGAAAGAACUCAUUUCUUCCACUUCCUUCCAAAGAGUCUUCAAAGGCAUCCAUAGAAAGGAAAGGCCCACAGUCCAGCUCAGAUGUAAGAGAAGCAAUGGCUUUCUUUGACUCAGUUAUUGCAGACCUGGAUUCAGAGAGAUGGCGGAGAGUUCCUGAUGUGGAUCUGCCAAACGUGGAUGUUGAUUUUGAUGUUGCUACCAGCACAAGUGAACAUAGUUUACAUUCAAACUGGAUCCUUCGUGCUCCCCGAAGAUACUCACAAGACACUGCCCAAACAGCACAGGCUGCAAGCCCAUCUCAAAGAAGCAGCCAGCGGAGAACUACUGGCUCUAGGAAGAGGCUGGAAAGACAUCCUAUGUACUUGCCCAAAGCUGUGGAAGGGGCAUAUAGCACUUUAAAAUUUAAGCCCAAAACACGCAAGAAAGAGCAUUGAGAGAGUGUUCCCUCCUCAGCUGAAGAUAAAAUGUAUGAAAUAGGGAAUGUAAAACUUGGUGGGGCUUUUUCACCUCUGAGCCAUCUCUUAACACUCUAGAAGUGACGUGUGUGGUUACUGAAGGUUCUUUGUGUGGGACAUGUUGUGAGCCAUUGCUAUUCCAACUCUGGACUCAUAUGGGGCUUUAACUCAUCAAGUUCGUUGUGCCUAACAAUACUGCUUUGUCAUUGAACCUGGGGGGAAGUCCAACCUGACAGGCCUUUUUUUCUAGUGCUGUUAUUGAAAGUAAUGAAUCAGAGGUUGCCUGGUGAGAAUUUAUUCUUCUGACUCCAGUACUGCAAAGCAAUUCAGCAAAUAUGUUGGAGCUUUUGCACCAGGGUUUCCAAAUUCAGAGCAGUGAAGCAGAAUUUUCUCUUUUUUUUUUUUUUUUUUUUUUUUAAUUGCAUGUGAAAAUUUGUAAGUGCCAUCAUCAACUCUGUGACCUAAGACUGGACAUCAGCACUGAGGUACAAGCAGACUCUGGCCCGAGAAGAAAAAUCUGCAGUGAAGGAAUCAACGUUGGAAACCUGUGUUUGGAAUAAUUCCUCCGAUGUGUUUUGCGUCUCUGCUUCCUGUAGGGAAUGAUUCUGUCCUUUGAUAGAGCAUCAAGGGAUUCACUGCGUGCAAAAAUGCAGACAGCUUUUUCCUUAUGCUAGUUUUCAUCUAUUUUUACAUCCUUUUUUCCCAGUGUACAACAGAAAAGCUUAAUGUCUUGAAGAGGAGCACUUUGCAAAUAAAUUGGAGCUAAGGUUCUUCUCAAGGGCAGAAGACCAUCUGCAGAGGAGUCCACUGCAUUGGCUUUAGAUGAUUGUGCCCAGUGUUUGGAAUUCCCUUACUUCAUCAUGAAAGACAGUGCACGAGGAAGAAUGCAGUCUAGAACUGUGCUUCUUCGGGCUCGUGAAGUUGAGAGGUUAAGACUCAUACUCUGCUUGUUUUGCUGAUAUAUGACAGUGUAAUAGUGUGUAGACAAUGACAAGGUAUUAGUUUUCAGACAAGCUACCAGUCAUUAGGAAAUGACAAUAGAAAUUCCCUAUGGAAGUUCUGCCUAUGGCCCUUGGGACAGGCCAAUACCAUUUGUAUCAUGGGCAUCAUGCUGAGCCGCAUGCCCCAGCUCACACUUUGUCUUAGCCAUUUUGUAAGGUAUUUGGGAUUUGCUUCCUGUGAUUUUUUUUUUCACCUUGUGUUCAAUCAGUGGUUCACUGUGGCAGGUGGAUCACGGCAGCACAGGCAUGACCAGCUGGAGAUUGGUGAUUUCCUUGUUUCUGUGUUCAGUAGUUGUAAUGUCUACAUGCUUGGAUAGAUUCCCUCAGGCAGUGGCCAUCAGCAUAACUCAUGUGAUAGGUCAUCACCUCCGUGAGCCUUGUGCCCACCACACAGAACAUCCGGCAGGUAGCAGUUCUUGCUGAUUUGUGCUCCUAGUCCUCAGCACUGAGUUAUUCAAACAGCAUUUCUGCCACGAGGUGGAAAUACCUCCCUCAGAUCUUGCUGAUCUAGGACACUUUCUGCCAUGAGAUAGGAGAGUGCCAAAAAAACAUCUGUUCCUCCAUUCAGAGCCGGCAUCUCCUGUUUGACUAAAGCAUUUUGUUUCUUUUCCCAGUGAUGUUCAUGAAAGAGAAGGAUUUUUUUCUGCAGUACUUUUAUUCUGGAGGUGCUUUUGAUGCUCUUUGUCUAGUCUGUAUGCUCUUGAAAAUGACCAGUUUAACCUGUAUCAUUGAUCCACAUUCAUGAAGAGUUUAAGUUAAGGUCUGGGUUUUGUCUCCCUGCUGUAGGUGUUUCUCACUAUUAGUCUGCAUUCUCUAUACAGUGUUCUGCCUUUGUACUUCCCCAGUCUUGCCUUGACUGCCUGGAACUGACACCAUAACUGUCUUAGUAACUGUUCUGCCUUUGGCAUACGAUCAUUUAAGGCCACUCAGCCCGGUCAGACAGCAUGCUCUAAACAUACUCCUUGCUCCUGCCAUGCCCCAAGGUGGCAGCUCUGUGU